GCAGGCCCCGCCCCGUGGCGGCCAGACGGCGGAUUCGGGCCAUCCGCGGCGCGCUCCCCUGAUGGCCCGCUACGAGGAGGUGCGUGUGUCCGGCUUCGAGGAAUUCAACCGCACUGUAGAGCAGCACGAUGGCAAGACCAUCUUCGCCUACUUCACGGGUUCUAAGGACGCCGAAGGGAAAAGCUGGUGCCCCGACUGCGUGCUGGCUGAACCAGUCGUACGAGAGGGUCUGAAGCAUAUUAGUGAAGGAUGUGUGUUCAUCUACUGCCAAGUAGGAGAAAAACCUUAUUGGAAAGAUCCAAAUAACGACUUCAGAAAAAAGCUGAAAGUAACUGCAGUGCCUACACUACUUAAAUAUGGAACACCUCAAAAACUGGUAGAAUCUGAGUGUCUUCAGGCCAGCCUUGUGGAGAUGUUGUUCUCUGAAGAUUAAGAUUUGAUGAUGGCAAUUGUAUCUUGAUUUCUUAACCCUGCUCUAGAAAUGCAUACUUGAUUAAAUAAAUGAUGAUGUAGAAAAA